AUGCCACAACUAGACACAUCAACGUGAUUUAUAAUAAUUACAACAAUAAUAAUCACCCUAUUUAUUAUAUUUCAACUAAAAAUACUAAACUACCAUUACCCCAACGACAUCAAAACUAAAUCAACCCUCCGCACAAAACAGCAUACCCCUUGAGAAAAAAAAUGAACGAAAAUCUAUUUGCCCCCUUCUCCACACCAACACUAA